AAUCGACUUGCGCGGACUUUUAACGCCAGCUGGGUGAAUCCAUUCACAUUUCAUAGAGGCAGUAAACAUUUUGUUGGGUUGGCAUGGACUUUCAGAAGACACAGAUUCCUACCAUGAACAGAGCCUGGGUUGCAUUCAAGGCCCACCCGUACAUAAGCAACGUAGUUGGCUACACAGUACUUUUCGCCUCGGCCGAUCUUUUCCAGCAGCGAGUUUUGGGCCGAGGAGAUGAGUCGCGGGCCUUGGCGGGCGUCAACUGGUGUCAGACGGCGCGAGUGGCCACCGUGGGCUUCUGUUUCCAUGCCAACUUCAACUACCAAUGGCUGCGCUGGCUGGAGAGGAUGCUGCCAGGAGGCGGAGUCAAGGCGGUGACGGGGAAGGUGGUGCUGGAUCAGCUAGUAGCGGCGCCGCUAACUAUCAGUGCCUUUUAUGUUGGUUUGAGUUUUCUAGAAAACAGAGAUGAUCCAUUUGAAGACUGGAGGGAGAAAUUCUGGACAUCGUACAAGACAGGUGUGGUGUUCUGGUCGACAAUGCAGGCGGUGAACUUUUCCUUAAUCCCGCCAGUGGCUCGAACCGUGUUCCUCGGAGGUGUUGCUCUCGUCUUCACCAUCUUCCUGUGUCACCUUAGACAGCGGAAGGACCAUAAACUUGAAUAAAUUUCAAACCAAUUUUGGAUUAAAUGACCACGUAACACUGUGCUAGGUUGCUAUUUUGCUACUGAUUUUAUCAGCAUGUCUUAUUCAAUUUCAUCCCUUUUUUUAAA